AUGAAGGUCUACGAAAGGAUUGAUAGACUCUCAAGGCUCCCCGGCACUUUGCAGGAGUAUGAAGACCUUUACAUCAUGCUUCGGAAUUUAUCGCGUAGUGAACUCGAAGCUGCAGUGUCAAAACACAACCUCCUGGAUAUCUUUGGUCACAUUGAUCUGGGCAACAAUGAUUUUUCUGAGGUAGCCUUGAAUAUAGCUGAGGUCGUCUUUUCAACGUUUCGUCUGACUGAAUUUUCGCGUUCCCACGAAACUGAGUUGUUAAUGUCGAUAACGUCCAGAAAUAUUCCCCUCAGGGAUUUUGUUAUUGCGAGGCUAGUAGAUGGUGUUGAAAAUUCACCCCCAGAAGAUAUAGAUAUGCCCAUGAAAAUCCUACUAGAGAUAAGUAAGAUAGCUACUACAGAGGAAAUCACUACGGCGUCGUCCGCUCGUGCAUUUCUAAUGGCUUUUGGUAUAAACUAUCCCGAAGGAGUAAAGACACUUCUAAAGGACCCGUCCCUGAGGAGUUACUUUGAAUCACUUACUGGUGAUGAGGAGGUUAUUCGGUUGUCGGAGAUUUUUGCAUACAUUGCUUCCCAACAGAAGGGAACUUUCAUAGAGAUGAUAGAUUGCUCGGUGUUUGAUCGCUUAAUUUCUGUCCUCAAAAAAGAUGACCCUCUGCUACAACUUAACACCUUGGCUGUUCUAAAGUUGUUACUCACUUUUCCUGAUGGUCGAGCAUUUCUAAAAUCACGCGGAGCUGUCGCACACCUGUUUUCUAGCCUCCAAACCUUGAAAGAAAACCCAUUACAUGAUAUUCUCCUUCCUGAACCAGGUGCGUGUCUCACUCCGCUGCUUUCAAAGGCCGCCUCCGUAAUGCUAAACGCAUCAGCAAGCACCCUCCCCAGAAUCCUUCUUGCUCUAGCGGAUAUUUUGAGUCUACCUAACGUGGAUGCUGUCUCCGCACUGAUACCAAUUUCUGAAUUAACCUACCAAUGGUUCAAUCUCAUCAGUGCUCCAUCACCACCCACUCGUCUUCUCGGCCGUAUUUGGGAAAUAGCCAGGCAACCUUUCAAGGAAGUCCGCUUGGCUGCUCUGAACUUCCUGCGCGCCAUAGCAACCGAGGUAUCUGGCUUUCUGGAGUAUCUCUUCAAUCCCACUACGGAGGUGGGCACAGCUGUGGACGGCUCUAGCUUGCAGCCGGAAAAAUUUAAAAUCAUCGAACAGUGUGACCUGACCCAGGGGCGCUGGAAAGGUUAUGUCACGCAAUGGACUCUGCUAGAUGACGAGACAGCCGCGAAGUUAAAAAAGCGUGUCAAGGACGGAGUGUGGGGACAUACGCGAGCCCAGGCUGCAGUAGCCAUGGAGAAUGAGUAG